AUGGCAGGCAUGCAGAAAAGGAAAAGGGAUCUCGAAGACCAAGACGUCAAUGGAAGCGAAGAAGACGACAUCGCCUUUGAUAUUGCUAACGAAAUUGCUUUAAAUGUUAGCGAAAGUGAUUCCAACGACUCCGACAGUGAGGUUGAAGCUGGUUAUGGGCCCAGUGAUGUUCAGGAUGUGAUCGAAUAUAGCUCCGAUGAGGAAGAAAGAAGGAAUAAUAAGAAGAAGGCUGAAGACAAGAACGCAAAGAAAAACAAGAAUAGUAAGAAGGAAGUAGCAGCAUUCCCGAUAUUGGAACUUUCAGACGAUGAAAAUAAUCCAUCUGGUAAAACUCAAGCAGGUGACGAUGAGGAUGAUGUCAAUGAAUAUUUUUCCACGAAUAAUUUGGAAAAAAAAAAGCAUAAAAAAGGUAGUUUCCCCAGUUUUGGUUUAUCUAAAAUUGUAUUGAACAAUAUUAAGAGGAAGGGAUUCCGCCAGCCCACUCCUAUUCAAAGGAAGACUAUCCCACUGAUUUUGCAAAGUAGGGAUAUCGUUGGUAUGGCACGUACCGGUUCUGGUAAAACGGCAGCAUUUAUCUUACCAAUGGUGGAAAAAUUGAAAAGCCAUUCUGGUAAGAUUGGUGCUCGUGCAGUGAUUCUAUCGCCUUCCAGAGAAUUAGCCAUGCAAACUUUCAAUGUCUUCAAGGAUUUUGCCAAAGGAACAGAACUAAGAAGUGUCCUCUUGACCGGUGGUGAUUCCUUGGAAGAGCAAUUUAGCAUGAUGAUGACCAACCCAGACGUUAUUAUUGCAACACCCGGUAGAUUUUUACAUUUGAAGGUCGAAAUGAACCUCGAUUUGAAGAGUGUCGAAUACGUUGUCUUUGAUGAAGCCGAUAGAUUGUUUGAAAUGGGUUUCCAAGAACAAUUGAAUGAACUACUUGCAUCUCUGCCUACAACAAGACAGACCUUGUUGUUUUCUGCUACUUUACCCAAUUCAUUGGUUGAUUUUGUUAAGGCCGGUUUGGUCAAUCCAGUUUUGGUCCGUUUAGAUGCAGAAACGAAAGUUUCAGAAAAUUUAGAAAUGCUUUUCCUAUCCACUAAAAACGCAGAUAGAGAGGCGAACCUAUUAUACAUUUUACAAGAAAUCAUAAAGAUUCCGUUAGCCACUAGUGAACAACUUCAAAAGCUUCAAAAGAGUAACAAUGAGGCAGAUAGUGACUCGGACGACGAAAAUGAUCGCCAGAAGAAGAAGAGGAAUUUCAAGAAGGAAAAGUUCCGCAAACAAAAAAUGCCUGCAGCUAAUGAAUUGCCUUCUGAAAAGGCAACUAUUCUGUUCGUUCCAACACGACAUCAUGUGGAAUACAUUUCUCAACUCUUGAGAGACUGUGGAUAUUUGAUUUCGUAUAUCUACGGUACUUUGGAUCAACAUGCUCGUAAACGUCAAUUAUAUAAUUUUAGAGCAGGUUUGACUUCCAUUUUGGUUGUCACAGAUGUUGCUGCAAGAGGUGUUGAUAUCCCAAUGUUAGCUAAUGUUAUUAAUUACACGCUACCUGGUUCAUCAAAAAUUUUUGUACAUCGUGUGGGUAGAACUGCAAGAGCUGGUAACAAAGGUUGGGCGUAUUCCAUAGUUGCUGAAAAUGAGUUACCUUAUCUACUAGAUUUGGAGCUAUUUUUGGGUAAAAAAAUUCUUUUAACGCCAAUGUACGAUAGCCUAGUUGAUUUGAUGAAGAAAAGAUGGGUAGAUGAGGGCAAACUGGAAUAUCAAUUUCAACCUCCAAAACUCUCCUACACCAAAAGACUCGUUCUAGGUUCAUGCCCAAGACUGGAUGUUGAAGGUUUAGGUGACCUUUAUAAAAAUCUUAUGACCUCUAAUUUUGACCUCCAGUUGGCAAGGAAAACAGCCAUGAAAGCAGAAAAACUAUACUAUAGAACACGUACUUCCGCCUCCCCUGAAUCUUUAAAGAGAAGUAAAGAGAUCAUUGCUUCCGGUUGGGAUGCCCAGAAUGCAUUUUUCGGUAAAAAUGAAGAGAAGGAGAAGUUGGAUUUUUUGGCUAAACUGCAAAACAGAAGAAACAAAGAAACGGUGUUUGAAUUCACGAGAAACCCAGACGAUGAAAUGUCAGUGUUUAUGAAAAGGAGAAGAAGACAACUAGCGCCAAUUCAACGAAAGGCAACUGAAAGAAGGGAGCUAUUAGAAAAGGAAAGAAUGGCUGGCCUUUCACAUUCUAUCGAAGAUGAAAUUUUAAAAGGCGAUGAUGGUGAGACAGGCUAUACUGUGUCCGAAGAUGCUUUGAGAGAGUUCGAAGAUGCAGACCAAUUAUUAGAAGCACAAGAAAACGAAAACAAGAAGAAAAAGAAAUCAAAGACUUUUAAAGACCCUACUUUCUUCUUAAGUCACUAUGCACCAGCUGGCGAAAUACAAGAUAAACAAUUGCACAUAACCAGUGGGUUCGCUAAUGAUGCUGCUCAAGCGGCUUACGAUUUAAAUAGCGAUGAUAAAGUGCAAGUUCAUAAGCAAACAGCCACUGUGAAAUGGGACAAAAAAAGAAAGAAAUAUGUUAACACUCAAGGUAUUGAUAAUAAGAAAUACAUUAUUGGUGAAAGUGGUCAAAAAAUCGCAGCAAGCUUCAGAUCUGGCAGAUUUGAUGAUUGGUCGAAGGCAAGAAAUUUGAAACCAUUGAAAGUUGGUUCUAGAGAAACAAGCAUACCAUCCAACUUUCUCGAAGACCCUUCACAAGGUCCUGGUGCAAGUGGUAGAACUGUCCGUGGGAAGUUCAAGCAUAAACAAAUGAAAGCACCUAAAAUGCCAGAUAAACAUAGAGAUAAUUACUAUUCACAAAAGAAGAAGGUGGAAAAGGCUCUAGAAGGAGGUAUUGCCGUCAAAGGAUAUAACAACGCUCCGGGUCUACGAAGUGAAUUGAAAUCAACUGAACAAAUUAGAAAAGAUAGGAUUAUGGCAGAAAAAAAACGUGCGAAGAAUGCCCGUCCUUCCAAAAAGCGUAAAUUUUAG